CUUGCAAUCUGUAAAAGACUCAGUUGCCGUGUGAAGACUUGUUCUUCUUCUUCUUCUUCUCCGUCGACUUCUUAGCCUUCUUCCAAAGCUUUAUGCUUCAAAUCAUUUCACAGAACUCGAAUCUCUCCUUACGCUUCCACCUUCUCGGGUCGUGUUCAUUUCAUUCACUCUUUUUGAAUCCCUUGGCGAUUAAGUUUCUUUAACUUUCGUAAAGUUUUGAUCUUUCCUGCGCCCAGAAUUCUCAAAGUGGACAAAACUGGGGUGUUUCAAUCUUUUCUCAAGGAUGAAAUGUUUCUUGUUCCCAAGUGGGGACAAGAGAGAUGAACAGAAGACCCCUAAUUUAGUUUCUUUGAACUCCAAUUUCUCGGAUCGUGAAGUAGCCAGAAGUGGGUCUGAGUUAAAUUCUCAGAAUGUGUCUGGAACGAGCACAGAAUCAUCCAUGGGGAGGAGGAACUCAUACCCCAGCAUGAAUACCAGAGCAAGUAACCUCAAAGAGUUCACCAUUUCCGAGCUCAAAUCCGCCACAAAGAACUUUAGCCGGUCUGUCAUGAUCGGAGAAGGUGGUUUUGGUUGUGUCUAUAGGGGUACAAUCAAGAACACAGAAGACCCUUCAAAGAGAACUGAAGUCGCGGUUAAACAGCUCGGCAAACGAGGAUUGCAGGGGCACAAGGAAUGGGUGACGGAAGUGAACUUUCUCGGGGUGGUUGAGCAUCCGAACUUGGUGAGAUUGAUGGGAUAUUGCGCAGAAGAUGAUGAACGUGGAAUUCAACGGCUUUUGGUUUAUCAGUACAUGCCUAACCGAAGCGUUGAAUUCCAUCUGUCCCCUCGGUCCGAGGCAGUUCUUACUUGGGAUCUCAGAUUGAGAAUAGCCCAAGACGCAGCUCGAGGCCUCACAUAUCUUCAUGAAGAAAUGGACUUUCAGAUAAUAUUCCGCGAUUUCAAGUCAUCGAACAUUCUUUUGGACGAGGACUGGAAAGCGAAGCUCUCGGAUUUUGGCUUGGCUCGCUUAGGUCCUGCUGGAGGUCUGACCCAUGUUUUUACUGAUGUCGUAGGAACAAUGGGCUAUGCGGCUCCCGAGUACGUCCAGACGGGACGUCUCACUUCUAAAAGCGACGUGUGGGGUUACGGAGUUUUCAUAUACGAGCUCAUAACAGGAAGGAGGCCAGUGGACAGGAACAAACCAAAGGGGGAGCAGAAGCUUCUUGAAUGGGUGAGGCCUUACCUCUCAGACACGAAGAAGUUCAGGCUCAUUCUUGACCCGAGGCUUGAGGGUAAAUACCCGAUCAAGUCGGUCCAGAGACUGGCCGUUGUGGCAAACCGUUGCCUGGUCAGGAACCCAAAGGCACGUCCCAAGAUGAGUGAGGUCUUGGAAAUGGUGACAAAGAUCGUGGAGGCUUCCUCUGGGAACGGUGGGAGCCCACAGCUUGUUCCGAUGAAGAGUCUAGAAGGUUCUAGAGGGGCAGGAGGGAAGAAGAAGAAGAGGGUUCUCGAGAUGGGCAACAAUGGCGGUGAAGGUGGGUGGUUUGGUAAGAUAUGGAACCCGAAAAUGGUAAGAGCUUGUUAAACACCACCUUGGAAGGGAAAAAAAUCCGAAAACCGGGUUCAAGAACUUGUUGAUCCAACCGAAUUCGAAACCGGGUUUUUCCCAAGUUUUGAGAUUUGAUCGAUUCUUGGAAGGAAAAAACACAGGAGUUGGAGAUUGCAGAGGUUUGCUGAUGUUGGCAAGAUGAUAACUAUUUGUUCUGUUUAUGUUUGGUCUUGGUGUUGUAAUUUACACAGAGAGAAGCUUUGUGCAGUAUCCGAUUGAUCCUGUAAACCGAAUCCGGUUCGGUGAUUUUAUACUUUACUGAUGUAUGUAUGUAUGUAUGUAUGUGCUAAGUUGGCUUCAUAAGAAUUUCUGUCCAAAGUAAUGAAAUUGAUAUGGACUUUAUCCUAA